CACAAAGCUUUGCUGCCGGAGCCGUGACCCCUCUGGAACCGCUCCGUCCAUGUGCCGUACCGCUCUGCCCAGGCUGCCGGUGGGAACGAUGGCUCAGCAGCACCCAGUGAACACAGCUGCGGGCUCUGAAGCUGAAGUUUCCAAGCAAGUUUGCAGAUCCUGUAAUACAGCCUUUAGUAGAAUUUGCAUGGCAUGAAUAUUUACAGGAGAAAAAGAAGGAGCUGAGAGGCGAGGUGUGGGCGUACGCCGCCUCGGUGAUGUGCUUCGUGGAUGGCCGGCUGCUGGGGGACCAGGAGGAGCUGCUCAAGUGGGCCCGCCAUGAGUGGGACUAUCGCGACUUCAAGCCCGAGGCACUUUACCAAGCGAUUGCUGAGGAUUUCUACAGCAAACACCUGAAAAACAGCCAGCACGUGUUUGUGUACCUGGAGAUAGCCAUUGAGGAACAGCCCGUCGGGAGGCUGCUGUUUGAGCUCUUUUCGGACGCGUGUCCCAGGACCUGUGAGAAUUUCCGUGCCCUGUGCGCCGGAGGAGCAAAGUCUCUCUGCGACGGCCGAGAGCUCACCUACAAAAACUCCCUUUUUCAUCGCCUGGUGAAAAACGGGUGGAUCCAAGGAGGAGACAUCAUAACUGGAAAAGGAGACAGCGGAGAGUCAAUUUAUGGUCCCACCUUUGAAGAUGUUGAAGAGCCCACUCACGAGGAGAAGCUUUCACCUUCAGGCCCUGGGACGGAUGGAGCAAAACCCGUCCGGAGGCGGCGGGUCGCCAGCCGGCUCUGCCCGGCCGAGUCGCAGCGCUGGCGGGCAGGAAAGCUGCUGGAGAUGAAAGCUUCUCCAUCCGUCACAAGGGAAGAGGGGUCCUCGGGAUGGCCAACAAGGGCCGCCACAGCAACGGCUCGCAGUUCUACAUCACCCUCCAGCCAACUCCCUACCUGGACAAAAAAUACGUGGCUUUCGGGCAGCUGAUCGAGGGCACGGAGGUCCUCCAGAGACUGGAAGCUGUACCUACGUAUAACGAAAGGCCUACGGUAGACUGCAAGAUUAUCAACUGUGGGACUUUUGAGCAGUGAUCGCCAGCUGGUUUUCCCGCCUGCUGUAAGGUAGAGCACUAUUUUCCACUCAGCUUUUUACAAACCUUGAUGGCUUUCACUUAAGGCAAAAAUAAAAGCACUUCUUGCACAUGUGAA